AUGUGGGCUGAUAUAGUUUAUGUUACAUUGCUGUUGUUCUGUGUAUUUUUUGGAUUUCAUUAUCGAAAAAUCGAAGAUCCAGAAGCGAAGAAAUGGACUGGCACGAUUAUUGGCAUCCUAUUGACAGGAAUUCUUUCUGGAAGUCAUAUAUUUUUUCCUUUGAUUCUGACUACAAUUAAUGCGAUUAUUAUAACCAAAAUUUCCUUAAAGAAAUGUCACAUAGUCAGCUUUAUUUUUUCAUUUUUUUACCUACUUGUUAUAUGUCGAUUAGGGGAUUAUAUUGGUUUGCCUACACCAACAAGUCAUACGAAUCUUAUACUGAUGAUACUAACAUUAAAAUUAUCUGGUUUAGCUUUUGAACUAAAUGCAUCUAUUAAUCCUCCAGUUGAUGAUUUAGAAGGAGUACAUAAUGAAGCAAUGAAAAAUGUUGGAUUCUUAGAUGUCUUUCAUUAUGGUUUUGGAUAUAUGGGACUAUUAACUGGACCAUAUUAUCGAUAUAGAACAUACUGGGAUCAUCUAUAUAGGCCAUUUUCUAAAGUAGUAGAUCCAUGGCCUUUUACAUUAUUCAAAUUGAAACAAGUUGCAUGCUUUCUUGUGCUAUUUUUUAUAAUGGAUUAUUAUUAUCCCACUAGAUAUAUUUUAACAGAAGAAUAUGCAGAAAGAUCUUUUCUUUAUAGAUACUUUUAUAUGUAUCCUACAUUUGUACUUUUUCGAGCACGAAUGUAUAUUGGAAUGAGUUUAGCAGAAUGUGGGUGUCAAAUGGCUGGAGUAGGAGCAUAUCCUACAAGAUGUAAACCUAUACAAGGAUUAGGACCUAAAGAUUAUAAAACAACAGAGGAACUAUGUAAAACACCUGAGAAAUUGGGAAAUGAAGAAUUAGAUUUUGAAACUGUAUACAAUAUGAAUGUUUGGAAAUUGGAAAAAUGCAAUUCGACAAGAACAGCUAUGAAAAUAUGGAACAAUUGUGUUCAAUAUUGGUUUGGUGUCUAUGUCUAUAAACGAUUGCCAAUAAAAAGUAUGCGAGCUGUCUUAACUUUACUACUUUCUGCUAUUUGGCAUGGUUGGUCAGCUGGUUAUGUUGUUUGCUUCUGUCAGAUUCCCCUUUUUAUGUUAUCCGAAGAUAUAUUCAUCAAAUUUUAUCAGCAAAGUACAGAAAACAGUAUUGCAAAAAAAUUGUGGUAUUUGCUAGGAUGGUAUGAGAAAACAACUUGCAUGGCAUACUUGGGAAUGUCAUUUUUACUAUUAGAUUUCAAAGAAAAUCUGGUUUAUUACAAACUUGUUUAUUUCUCCGGGCAUAUUAUAGCUCUUGUAUUAUAUAUUAUAGCUCUUUACUGCAAAUUAUAUGUUAUAAAGAAACCUAUAGGAGAUAAGAUCAAAGAUAAAUAA